CUCUCUCCCCCCCCCCAAAACCCCACUGGCAGAUCCUCAACAAUACCACAUGGCACGGAUCAAAGGACUGCCGCGGCAGAAGAUGAUGGUCUUGACCAGAUCGGCCUUGACUCGCCGCGGUCUGGCGUCGCAACUCCCCAGCCUGAUCUCCAUGACAGACGGCUGCCGGGGAUCAUGAGCUACUUUAACCAGAGCGGUGCAUCGACCCCCAGCCGUGCCCUCUCGUUGGCUCAACCUUCGCACGGCGAGGAGCAAGAGGGCUCGAGGCAAAAGAGCGGUAAUGGGAUUGACCGGACGGCGGCUAGCACGCCGACACCGCCGGGAGCACAGGCGCCGGCAGCCAAGGGCAAGCUCACCAUCAAAGUUACUGAGGCCAGGGGUCUGAGGAAGUGUCAAGCCCCCUACGUCGUUGUGGUCUUUCAGCGCAGUGAGCUCAUCUCGUCUGGCCCUCGCCCUACUGAAGACGAUGACGAGGCCGCCAUCAACGCUGUCGCCACGGGUGGCAUGCCGAUGAAGCGGCAAGGAAGUGAUUCCGGUCGGCCCAUGGCCAUCCCGAUGCGUAGCAGACAAAGCAGUAACACGAGCAUCUCCGACUUCAACACCUUUCGCAACCGCAAUACGCGCCGUUCCUUCACCAAUCCGAAGUGGGAUGCUGAAGCGAUCUUCGACGUGGUCGACUCGGAUAAACUUGUCGACAUCUCUGUCUACGGCCGUGGCCAAUCCGGGGAGGAGUUUCUAGGUCAUGUCGACUUUCAGGCGGUGACAACAGAAAAGGAGCCCCCAGUCCGCGGCUGGUUUCCGUUGAAGGGCCACGCGGACACCAUGGCCGAGAACGCGCCAACGGGCGAGAUAUACGUCGAAUCAUUCUACCAACGAACCGAACAGAAGCACUUUGGGCCCGAAGAUUUCCAGAUCCUACGGCUCAUUGGCAAAGGCACCUUCGGUCAAGUAUACCAGGUCCGGAAGAAGGAUACCAAGCGCAUUUACGCCAUGAAAGUCCUGUCGAAGAAGGUGAUUGUGCAGAAGAAAGAGGUGGCGCAUACUGUCGGCGAGCGCAAUAUCCUGGUCCGGACCGCCAUGGCGGACUCUCCAUUUAUUGUUGGCUUGAAGUUCUCCUUUCAGACGCCGUCUGAUCUCUAUCUCGUGACAGACUACAUGUCGGGUGGAGAGCUUUUUUGGCAUCUGCAAAAGGACGGCAAGUUCGAGGAGAAGCGGGCCAAGUUCUACAUCGCCGAGCUCAUCCUCGCCAUCCAGCAUCUGCACGAGAACGACAUUGUCUACCGCGACCUGAAACCGGAGAACAUUCUCCUCGAUGCCAACGGCCACAUUGCGCUCUGCGACUUUGGCCUUUCCAAGGCGAACCUGACCAAGAACGACACGACCAACACCUUCUGCGGCACGACUGAGUAUCUGGCCCCAGAGGUGCUCUUGGACGAAUCCGGCUAUACCAAGAUGGUCGAUUUCUGGUCUCUGGGCGUCCUUGUGUUCGAGAUGUGCUGCGGUUGGAGUCCAUUCUACGCCGAGGACACGCAGCAGAUGUACAAAAACAUCGCGUUCGGCAAGGUCAGGUUUCCUCGCGACACUCUGUCCUUGGAGGGGCGCAACUUCGUCAAAGGAUUACUUAACAGGAAUCCGAAGCACCGGCUUGGUGCGAUAAACGACGCCGAGGAGCUCAAGCAGCACGCCUUCUUCGCGGAUAUCGACUGGGAUGCUCUCUCCAAGAAGCUCAUCACGCCUCCUUUCAAGCCGCAGCUAAAGAGCGACACGGACGUGUCUUAUUUCGAUCCUGAGUUCACCAACGCGCUCAACACCAACGGCUCUCUCAACGAGCGCGCCGCCGCCUUGGCCAAGGGCUACGCAACGUCUACCCCACUCUCGCCUUCGGUGCAAGCCAACUUUCAGGGGUUUACCUUUGUCGACGAGAGCGCCCUCGACGAUCAUAUGAGGGAUCGUUUUAGCAAGGACGAAGACGAGGGAAUGGAUGACGCCGACGGUAAGGCCGACGAUGAUUGGGAUGACCUCAACGAUGUCGACGCCCGGAGCUCUCACCGCAUGAGCGGUGUCGUCCGAGGCAGCAACAAUGACGAGCAACUGUUUGGAGCGUCCGGCUUCGAUAUGUAAUGAUGUCUGCGUCUGGGGCCGAUGUGCCUUGUCAUCUGUUUAUCUGGCGAUGACCGCUUUGUUGCGGCCUACAAGCCUGCUAUUUGUUUUUCUUAUUCCCCACUGUCUCUUGGCUGUCUGGUUGGGACGGUACAGAAAAACAAAUUACAAAAAAGAGAAACCCACUAUUGAUGACUUCAACGAGCAAACCUAUAGCAUGUUGCAUUUCAGGACGGGUUUCAUU